AUGCACAUAAUUGUGAUAGUGACAAAGCGGAGGUUGAUUCCUGAACGAACGAUAUGGAAGUAUUUUGUGCAGCUGUGCAGCGCGCUGGAACACAUGCACUCACGCAGAGUCAUGCAUCGAGAUAUAAAACCAGCCAACGUCUUCAUCACAGCUACUGGAGAGGUCAAACUCGGUGACCUUGGACUAGGUCGAUUCUUUAGCUCCAAAACCACUGCUGCUCACUCUCUUGUUGGAACUCCAUAUUACAUGUCUCCCGAGAGGAUUCAUGAAAACGGCUACAACUUCAAAUCAGACAACUGGUCCUUGGGUUGCUUGCUGUAUGAGAUGGCAGCUCUGCACAGCCCCUUCUACAGCGACAAGAUGAACCUGCUCGCAUUGUGCCACAAGAUCGAACAGUGCGAUUACCCUCCUCUGCCUUCAGAUCACUACUCACAGAAGCUCAGAGAUCUGGUCAGUAUGUGCAUCAACCCAGAUCCUGACCAGCGGCCCGACAUCAGCUUCGUCCUGCAGUUCGCCAAACAGAUGCACCUGUGGACGUCCAGCACCUGACACAAACACACACACCUGCAGCAAUGAGGAGAACCAUUGCGCAAACCUGUGAUCUCUGCUGCUCUCUCAGUCCAACUGAUCAGGCUAUAGAAAGAUCUAGAAAUGAGUAAGGAGAGAAUGCCAACAGUGUCUAUACUGUUUUAAGCUGAGCGUUUCUCUAGAUUUGUAUUGAAAGGAAUGCCAAUAUAUUCUGUUGUGCCUUCAAAUUAUGUAUCAGUGCCGUAUGCUGAUUGGUUCAGAGAAAGUUGGUCAGGUCAGGUGACCAGUGCCUCAUGUUGAUGAUAUCAAAGCAAGGUGGUUCCAUUUAUACAUACUUUUACUGUAGGCUUAUAUUCAUAACAGCAUUUAAAGAGCCUUAGUUUGUUACUUAUCUCUCUUUAUGUAUCUGAUACACACACACACACACACACAACUGUCAAGUGUUUUGCAAGGAAACACGUGUUGGAUGGUGGAUUCAGCAGUUUUGUUCUCUGGUCAAAUAUCUACCAUAUGAAAGUAUUCAUUAUAUCCAAAGAGAUGUUAUUUUUAAGGAAUUUUGAAGCAUUUGCUCAUGUUUAAAUGUGUAAUUAACAAUAAAAUGUAACUGGAAA